AUGACUCCGCUAUCAAGAAGAACAAAGUACAAAGACUCAAAAGAGUCUUCUGGUGAGGCCGUUUGUGAUGAUACUCGAAAGAAUAUGUGGCUCAAGCAGCAUUCAACAAUGGAUCAGUUUUUAUCUACAACUUUUAACCGAUUGAAAACCAACAACUUUUCCGAGCUAAAUAUUGUCUUAGGCAAUGAGAGUUGUGACCUAGACUCUGCUGUUAGUGCAAUAGUGUAUGCCAUGUUCUUAAACUGGCAGUAUGAUCAGAUCAAAUGUAAGGUGUGCACGAAGAGCCACCGGAGUGACAGCGAGUACAAGGAUAACAUUUUCGUACCACUGCUGGACGUUGAGAGACAGGAUUAUAUUUUGAAAACAGAGGUUGCAUAUUGUUUGGGAGACCAUGGUAUAAAGGAAAGCAGUUUAGUGUUUAGGGACGACAUCGACAUUCAGACCCUGCUGCCGUUGCACAAGACCAACGUGAUCCUGGUAGAUCAUCACACCCUGGCCGAGAGGUAUUCCUUCCUCGCGCCGUACGUCACAGAAGUGAUAGACCACAGGCCGUACGAUAGCAAGCGCUGGCCCUUCAAGGAGGACACCAGGAGGAUGAUAGAAACUGUCGGCUCCUGCGCCACGCUGGUCGCCCAAAGGAUGAAGGACCUAAGCGCUCUCAUCAGGAAGGACAUGGAUUUCUUCGACGCGUACACGUCUUGCGCCGACCUGCUUCAUUGCGCUAUAGUGUUGGACACUGUGAACUUUUCCAAGGAGCUGAACAAAGCCACUCCCCACGAUAAGGAGAUAGCGGAAUUCCUCGAGGGCAUACUCAAGCCGGAUGAUGUGCAAACUGCCAGGAAGUCGAAAAUGGAGAGGUUGGUCAGCGCGCGAUGUGACGUCACUUCCCUCUCCGCCGCCCAGCUGAUGAGGAAGGACGUCAAGGUCGUUGGCGACGUGCUGGUGCCCAGUUUCCCGAUACCGGUGAAGGAGUUCCUGGGGAAACCCGGAGCCCUAAAGGCCGUGGCCGAAGCCCUGGCUGGUCGGGGCUGCAGCGUGGCCCUUCUAUUGGGGAUGAGACUGUCCCCGGAACUGCGGAGAGACGCCGCUAUUUACGGGCCCAGUGACGUCACAAAAGCCGCCAAGCUGGCUGAGCACCUGCAGUCCUGGACCCCCCCGUUCCAGCUCUCCGCUGAAGAGCUGGAUGGCUGUUCCUACUUCGUGCAGAUGAACCUCACAGCGACCAGGAAACAAUACAUGCCCGUUGUAUCAGAGUUCCUGAGGACCUACCAG